GGUGUUUCUUACAUAGUUCUAGAGCUAAACCUAUAGCCCGCUUUUUCUCUCUGUUUCGACAGCUCCAUCUCCCUCUAACGCCCACGCGCGCAUACGUCGGUACAUUGCCGCAAAGCUCAAGCUCUGGUCCCUGAGGCAAAGACGAGGCGGCGACAGUUGCUUUCGGUCAAGGAACGGGACACGGGAGCUAUCCUAUGCUGCACACCCUCCGAAUUUGACCCCAGAGAUCGACUUUCGUCCACACGUUCUCCCACGAGGUUAAUUUACGUCUUCUUACUGGCUGGUGCUUCUUCAAGAUGCCCGUCACACUCGUCUUGAAUAUCCGAGCUCUUGUUGCUGUCUAUCUCGGUCGUGAUGUAGUUCAAAUACUGCCCUUCCUCGCGCCUUGAAAGCCGUUGGGUUCCCGUUUCUCUCCAGAGCCAAGACAAGGCAAUUCCAAGUCUUGAAUUCCUCAAUUGUCCCCGACCCAUCUAACUCGGGCCUUCGGCACUUCUUCUUUGCCUCCAGUAUAAAACUUUUUCCCUCCCUUGGUGGUUAGCAUUUCCGCUUUGCGCAUGGAAUAUACAUCUUCUUCCAUCUAGUUAUUCCUGCCUCCUCAGAACAACAAACCCCGUGCACAAUUAUCGGAUCCCCUUAAAUUAAGCACCUCAUUUGAUCACCAUCACACUUGGAUCUCAACCCGAGGCUCCAACCGCCUUCUCUCAAAAUGGUUCAUAGGCACCAUCAUCAUGAGUCUACAAUCCCAGGCGAGAUCCCUGUCCCGCACGGUCCUCCAGACAGCGAUUCUGAGCACAUCUCAGAUGAGCCUAUCGCCUAUGCUACUGCUGAUGAGCGUCGCAUCUUCAGCCAUGUAACCCGCCCAGACGACUCCUACACUGAGGACGGUGUCUACUGGGCUGAUCUGCCACUGGCCCAGCGUUAUCGGUUCGUUUCAAAGGUAGACAACGAUGCUGCCAAGGAGGAGGCCAAGACUGCUUGGUCUAUGUUUAAGGAGGAUCCUCUAUCACCUUUCUCGUGGUAUUUCCGCCAUGCUGUCAUUCCUGGCGCCGGUCUUGGUCUGGAAGGUUAUGUCCUUUUCUCCAUUGGCAACCUUGAGCCUCUCUUCAAGGCCGUUUGGCCUGAUUGUUGGGGCAAGGAACCCACUACCUGCUCUCAUAAUUGGAUUGCCUCCGUGACAUACCUUGAAAUUAUCGGUAUCAUGGUUGGCCAGGCUGUUGUUGGUGUUAUGGGAGAUUGGGUCGGUCGCCGAUGGGGCCUCAUUCAGGAUGCUGCCAUCAUGUUUGUCGGUCUGCUCAUGCUCACUGCCUCAUGGGGACUUACCCUUCAAGGCUGGGUUAUCUGUUAUGCCUGGUCUCUCUUCUUUUACGGUUUCGGUGUUGGUGGCGAGUACCCCAUUACAGCAACUUCUUCUCUUGAAGGUGUUUCUUCUGGUGGAAGGAUCUCGACUCGUGAAGAUCGUCUGCAUCGUGGUCGCCGUGUCACCACGGCUUUCCUCAUGCAGGGCUGGGGCCAGUUCGUGAACCAGGUCAUUCUCAUUGUUCUGCUCGCCAUCUUCAACAACGGCAAGAGUUCGCCUCCCUACAGCAAGUCGGCUGCCCAGUAUACUUUCCGACUGUCUUUUGCAUUCCCUGCCAUCGGUACGCUCUGGCUCCUCUACUAUCGUACUUACCGCAUGCGCAGCGCUGGUAAGCAGCUCGCUGAGGCAAAGAAGCGCUCUAACGUCACCGGCUAUGACGUGAACGCUCUUCGCCACUGCUUUACCAACUUCGGUGGACGUCUCUUUGCUACUGCUGGUACUUGGUUCUGCAACGAUGUCUUCUUCUACGGCAACAAGCUUUUCCAGGGUCAAUUCAUCAAGGUCAUCUCUCCUGACAGCAAGUCUAUCUUCACCACUUGGACCUGGAACCUUGUCAAUAUCACCGUCUCCCUGGCUGGCUACUAUCUCGCAUCUCUUCUCAUCGACAACAAGAUGUACGGCCGGAAGAUGAUGCAGCAAGUGGGCUUCUUCAUGUGCUUCCUGAUGUUCAUUAUUCCCGCCUUCAAGUUCGACUACUACACCAGUCCUGCGGGAAUCCAUUCUUUCCAGGCCAUGUACUUCAUCUCGUCCUUCUUCAACCAAUUCGGUCCCAACUCGGUCACCUUCCUCGUGGCUGGUGAGGUAUUCCCCACGCCCAUCCGUGCUACUGCCCACGGCUUCUCCGCCUGUAUCGGCAAAUCCGGCGCUCUUCUCGCUUCCGUUCUCUACAACUACAUUGAUGACCAGACUAAAUUCUACGUCGUCCCAUGGUUUGGUCUCGCUGGCAUGCUUCUGACAUGGAUCUUUCUUCCCGAUACUACUGGUCUUGAUCUUAAGGAGCAGGAGCGCCGCUGGUACUAUAUUCGGGAUGGCAAGGAGAGUGAGUACCACGGUGUUGCUGUCAACCCUACUCAUUUGUCUCUCUGGGAGCGCUUCCGAGGUCUCGGUAAGAGUUACGACCCCGAGGCUGACUGGCGGGCCAAGGUCCAGGAUAUGCGUACCGAAUGGGAGCUUGUCCAGGCCAGCCGCGGUCCUAAGGAGACUGAAGGUGCUAUGCCCAAUGACGGCGAGUUCUCGCCUGAGAUUCACGAAUUCUUCAAGCGCUCUAGCCCCAAGCACAGUGGUCGUCGCGACGAGUCUCUCAUGGUUGACCCAAUUAACGAGAAGACGGCUGUGCCGUCCGAUGAUUCUAAUUCGAAGUGAUCAUGUCCAAGCAUGGUCGUAUUCGUAGCGAAUCACUGCAUUACACAUAUUUAAACAUGUAGCAGUGAGCGGUUUACAGCAUGAGCUUGGCGUCUGGGUUUAAUAUAUCAUUAGUUAGUAAUUCCUGGUUUCGGAAUUUAAAAGUUUGCGUAUGUCACUUUUGAUAUGUGUGGGAGGUAUUAUUAUGAUGUAUGUUUAAAAAGGGGGGCUUGGAUGAAUCAUAUAUCAGACUUCGGCUUUUCACAAUACGUAUCUCGUAUCUCGUUCUUGUCCGACCAAUGAUCAGAGGUUUGGUGACAUACAAGUGAUGUAACGAUAAUGGGCCAGUUGCAACUCCAAGUUGCGUACUAGACUAUAAUAUAAAUAUAAAAAUAUAAUGCCUGAUCAAAGGAUAUGCUGAUAAUAAAACAAAAAUGCGACCAAUGCCGCCGUAACUCUUGGUGGUAUCUAGAAUCGAAACUUAUUCCUGCGGUGCACCAGGCACAUACUCUUAAUGAUGCUAAAAAUAACAAAAGGGAAGAAGGGAGAGCGGUAAAAGAAGAAGUAGUAGAUGAAGAAUGAAGAAUAAAGAAUCGCUUCACUGCCCCUAUCGUUCAAUAUAAUCCCAGCCGUCUCGUUCGUUCAGUUUUCAUCGGACAUCGUAGUAGUCCUGUCAAUUAUACAGCCCAUUUUGCGGUCAAAUGUUAUUGGGGAGAUCCUUGCAGCCGGGUUGGCUGACUUGAUGUAUUUGUAGUUGGCACAAUUACGCCAAGCACACAGUCAUCUAGAUGUUCAUAGAAGUCUUGCGCAGUACCAAACCCGUUCUUGCAUAUGGAGCACCUUGCUUUCGUGCCUACAGGAUCAUCGCCCCCUGGUAGCCGGUGGCCGCUGCUAUGGCCUGUCUGGUCAACUUGAUGGGCAGCAGUUAGGUGCCGUUUGAAGACAUCAGCACGAGUGAAGACUUUUUCGAAGGGGCUGCCAACACCAGGACAGAAUGGGCACACCAUCGUUCCACGAUAAUGAGUAAGAGCGUGGCGGUUCUUGUCGUACUUGCGCGCGAAUCCUUUCGUGUGGUAUUCGCAUGUUACAAUAGGGCAUUUUUCAGGCCGCUCUUCUUGGUGUGUAAGCAUGUGAGAGGCCAGGUCACGAAACUCACGACCACAAUCCGGAUGAGGGCACCUGGUGCGAUUUUCAGUAGGCCUUCGAGACGGACUUGCUCGUUCGAUCGGUAUUGAUGGCUCGAUAGAACUCGACGAAAGUAAUGGACCUAAGGCAGAAACUGCUGGUAAUGCAUCGGGAAUCGCGGGGACUUGUUGCGGUAUCGGAUCUCUGUAGUCGGCGGGUGUUGGAUACUCAUCCAUGUCGUCUUCACCGCUGGAGAUAUGUUCUUCUGGAACAUCAACCGAUUGGCGCACUUCUCGCAUCCAGUCCUUCAAAAUGCUCAUGGAUGGCCAGUCACCACUAGCUUUACCCACUCGAUGAGGUCGGAAGUGUGCGCGGCGGAGGUGUGCAGCAGCGUUAUAAUAUGCGCCAUAGCGCUUUUGUGCUAAGCAUGCUUUGCAUCUUGACAAUGGAAUCACUGGUUGAGGGGCAGAAGGCAUUUGGUUCUUGGGUUCUUUGCAAACCCAUCGCUUGACCGUGGCCGAAUGUUUGGCAUCUAUAUGGCGGCGUAACUCGUGGUCACCACGGAAGCCAUCUGGAUGCUCAUUACACUUGUCGCAGUACACGCGGCGCAAAGAAGUUCGACGAGAAGGUGGUUUUAACCUUGACGGGGAGAUUGGUUCACCCGAAAGUCGCCGGGAUUCUAGGCGUGGUGACACAUCGUCACCUAUCGUAUGUCUGCGGGUGCGUCCUCCAACAUCACCUGGCAAUGAGAACUGACCAGGUAAAGGAAAAUCCGACCGCGAUCCAGAAGGUAUGUAUUGUGACGAUGGACCUGCUGAACUAAGGGAUGGCGUAGACUUCAGGUAAUGCUGUCUUGUCGUACUCUCUAGUUGUGCUGUGGGGAAACCCCUCGAGCCCCUUAAAUCUAACGAUUGCCUUCUGGGUAAAACAAAGCCGUUGAAACCAGAAUUAGGGAUUUCCCCCAUACCGAGAUUCAUGAGAAAAUCAAAGCUCGAGAAUAAAUGUCGUGGUGGCCACUGAUCCCGACGGAUGAUUCUUGCAACGUUACGGGCAAUGGGGUCUUCGAGCUCAGACACAUUAGAUAAAGGAUCAUUUGAAGCGGCGAAUAGAGAGACCAAAGCUUGGUAGACACUUCGAAUGACUUGGUCAGGUCGUUCCGUGGGUGUUGUGCUGGCCUGCGAUGGAUCGCUUCCCUGAAACGACAAGGCAAUGUCAACCAAUAUGGUGUUAACAGCACUAAAGAUGCAGAUCGAAAUGAAAACCCCUAGCCAUUGCCUUAGGUCCAUAGUAGGUAAAAUAGAAGUUGCGAAAUCCAAAGAGAUCAAGUACCGUCGUGUGCACUCCCUCAAGGAAACAUUGCGCUCGGUAGACGGGCGACGAUCGACAGGCGUGCGCGGAAG